UUUCGCAGGGUAAAUAAAUUGUGUAAAUCACAUGUUCGUCGGCCGAAAUCCCCUUCCAAAUUGCCCCAUCCAAAUGAAACACUCAGCUGGAGUCGGAGCGGCGCGAAAUGUGGCACGCGAAGGUGCAGCCAAUGGCCAGGACGGGAUGGCGGCCGUUUGCCGCCAAUGCCUCUAAGACCAAAUGCGAAAAGAUCUCCCACGAAACGGUGUCGGUCAGCAGGAGUCUGAGAAAGAUUACGCCGAAUGCGUACUCCAGAUUACGGAAGAUUAUCAACAAGGUGGAGCAGAUGCAGACGAUGGGCCACACGCUCCGGCUGAACGACAAGGAGCGCCAGGCCAACAAGGUGAUAAUGGCCAUCAAAACAGAGGAGAUCAACCAGGGAAAACUCGAUCCCACCAAGUUCACACCAGGACAGCAUAUUUUUGAGACCCUGACCGCCAUCCGUAAGUCGCCGAUCUUCCAAAUCAUCAAAAAGAUGCCCAAGGGCGGAGUGUUGCACGCCCAUGACACGGCACUUUGUAGCACCGAGUUCCUGAUCAGCCUCACCUACCGGGAGAACCUCUGGAUUUGCACGGCGGAGAUGGACAAGGCCAUCGCCUUCCGGUUCUCGGUAGAGAAGCCUACUAUGAAGCCCAUGGAUCAGUGCCAGUGGGAGCCCAUGUGCGAGUUCCGGGAGCGAAUGGGCGACAAGGAGGUGAAGAGGUACCUCAAGCGCCGCUUCAGCAUGUAUCCCUUCUCCAAGUUCAUGUCCAAUAAUCAGGCGUGGGCUCACUUUAUGGGUAUCUUUAUACUCCUCGACGGGUUACUGUGUCAUGCCCCCAUCUGGGGUGACUAUUAUUACAACGCCCUCAAAGAGUUUUCCGAAGAUGGUGUCCAAUAUCUGGAGCUUAGGUCGUUGCUCCCGCCUCUAUAUUGCAUGGGCGAGAAAAUGCUCACGAUUAGGGACACGGUGGCCAUUUAUAAGUCGGAACUGGAGCGAUUUAUGGGCGACCAUCCAGACUUUAUUGGCUCCAAGUUGAUCUAUGCCCCGUUGAGAGGCGUGGAGCCCAAAGUGGUGGAGGAAUACGUUAAAACUGCUACGGAACUAAAUAAAGAAUUCCCAGACUUUAUGGUCGGCUUUGAUCUGGUGGGUCAGGAGGAGCUGGGAAGACCACUGAUAGACUUUGUGGACUCUUUGUUGAAGAUGCCGGAGCAGAUCAAGUUCUUCUUCCAUGCCGGGGAAACAAACUGGUUUGGAUCAGCCAUCGACGAAAACCUCACGGAUGCCAUUAUGCUGGGCACCAAGAGGAUAGGCCACGGAUAUGCCAUAACGAAGCACCCGCUCUCCAUGCGGAUGGCCCGUUUCCUGGACAUUGCCAUUGAGGUGUGCCCCGUAUCCAAUCAGGUCCUGCAACUGGGUGUGGACUACAGGAACCAUCCGGCAGCUCUGCUCCUGGCCUCCAAUGUGCCUAUUGUGAUAUCAUCGGACGAUCCGUCGUUCUGGCGGUGUGCUCCGCUGUCCCACGACUUCUACUUCGCCUUCCUGGGCAUUGCGCCAGUGGGAGCAGAUUUGAGGUUCCUCAAGUGCCUGGCCAUGAACUCGCUGCGGUACAGUGCCCUGGAGGGCGAGGAAGAGACGGUUGCCUUUGCCAAGUGGCAGAAGUCGUGGGAUAAGUGGAUCGACGAUCUGAUCUCUUAAAAGAGUUUUUUUUUUAAAUUAAAAGUCGUGUGGUUGUGUUUUUUAUGGUA